AAAGGGAGCAGUGUGAGACCGGAAGUAGUUGGAUCUCAUGUCCGGUCUUCGGUCGCUACGACUUUUCUCCGGGCCUAGAGAAAAUAUGGCGGACUUAUCUUUGGAUGAACUGAUCAGGAAGCGUGGCGUCAAUGUGAAUACAAAAGGGAGACUGAACAUGAGGCCAGUCUUUGGAGGCAUCAGAUCUCGAAUUGGAAUCCAGCAAACCUUUCUAAGCAGACCAGCACCUAGUGUUGGUUUUCAGCAGACAUUUGAUGCACGUCAAAAGAUUGGUGUUACUGAUGCCAGACACAAAAUUGGUGUGAAAGAUGCUAGGGAGAAACUGCUUCAGAAAGAUGCCAGGUUCAAAAUCAAAGGGAAAGUUCAAGAUGCCCGGGAGAUGCUAAAUUCCCGGAAACAGCAGAGUAUUGAAAAGGUGACCAAAGUUGUUGAUGCUAGAGAGAAAAUUAGUUUGAAAAGAAGUGCUCCAACUGCAGCCACUGUGAACACUAUUGUGGAAACAGUAUGCCCUGCUGUGAAGAUCACAAAAACAAUACAACAGAAGGCUGCAAUUCCAUCACAUACUCAUUCUGCAGGUAUGAAGGUCAACAUUGUGAAUAAUCACACACACAAACAGUGCCUAUAUGAUACAGAGGAUGACGACGAAACUGUAUCUCCCCUUCCUAAUAAACAGAUGAAAAUCACUACAACAAAUAGCUUCCUGCAGAAUGCAGCCGGACUCAGUGGCAACAAGUUUUCUCUCUCAAAGACAGUCCCUCUUACAAAAGUAGUCCAGAAUGAUGCAUAUACAGCCCCCCCAGUCCCACCCUCCCCCAUCCGAACAAAGGCCCUCACAAACAUGUCUAGAACCUUAGUGACCAAGGAGGAACCUCCUAAAGAACCUGCAGUGGUUGAGCCAACCUUUAGUCCUUUAGAGGGUACUAAGAUGACUGUGAAUAAUUUACACCCUCGUGUUACAGAAGAGGAUAUUGUUGAAUUGUUCUGUGUGUGUGGUGCCCUAAAGCGAGCUCGUCUAGUGAACCCUGGGAUGGCUGAAGUUGUGUUUGUGAAAAAGGAAGAUGCCAUCACUGCAUAUAAGAAAUAUAACAACAGAUGCUUGGAUGGGCAGCCAAUGAAAUGUAAUCUUUUCAUUAAUGGAAAUGUCAUCACAUCAGACCAGCCUAUCUUGCUUCGAUUGAGUGACACCCCUUCGGUGAAGAAAGAAGCUGAACCACGUCGAACAAGCACAGGAACAUCCUCAAAUCCAGCAGCUGAAGUGGAUCCUGACACCAUCUUGAAGGCGCUCUUCAAAUCCUCGGGGACUUCUGCUUCUGUGCAGCCUACAGAGUUCAAAAUCAAACUUUGAAAAGUAGCAGUCAAAAGUGAACUAGUAAACUGAGUGUGGAAAAUUGGGAGACAUGCGGGAACACAAUUGUUGUGUUGGACUGCACUCAAACCUUUGUUUUUCUACAGUUGCUACCUUUCCUGUACAGUAGUGUUCCCCUAAAUGUGUUUGUUGUUUUCAUAGUUGGAAUUUUUGUCCCAAUAUUUCUAAUGGAAUAAUUUCCCCUUCCUCCACUGAGAUCUGUAUCACCAUGUAACUCUUCCUUUAUUUCACCUGCUUCCCCACUGCAGUAUCCAGCCAGUUAAAGUACACCUAGUUAAGGGUGUGAUAAGGAUCUAUUGUGGCUUUCAUUCUUUUAGUAAGAAAUAGUGUCCCUUUUGCUUUAUACUAAUAAUAAACAACAUUUCAUUUCAAUAUAUCUGUGUCUGUGGAAGAGACUUGGUAUAAUACUGUACUCCCAGGAAUUUGAUAAUAGCUCUGUCUCCCAUUCUAAAAUUGGUAAAAAAGAAACAGCAAAUGAAAUGUUCAUGCAGCAACUAAUGGAAGAGAUUAGGAAGACAGUGAGAAUAUGUAUAAGUACAAGUAUAUAACAUAUUCUACAUUACUUUCAUUGCCAUGUAUUCAUGUUAUUAAUACGUUGAUGGAGGAAUGGGUACUGGCGUUGUGAACUUCAGGACAUUACAUAGAUGUGCUUUUCCCAUGGAUUUGUUUGAAUGCCAGUAAAAUAUUUAACUUCAUUUUCUAGUAUCUAUAUUAUGUUUUUUCCAAUAUCUUACAAUGAAGUUGUAUACUGCAGAGGAAAAUAUUGACAGUGUCUCCCAGUUAAGCAGAACAAGCCGAUACUGUAAGCUAGUUUUUACAUGGUGCUUUACCAGUAGAGGUCUGUAUUCUGCCAGCCCUGAUCUCAAUAGAAUUCAAGUCAGACCCAUAUUUUGCUACACUUAAACUUUUCUGAGAAAUGCUGGCUCCAGAACAUUUGUAACAGCUGUCCACAAGCUUAUUCAAUGCAAUCUUCUCUAGCCUGCAAAACAGCUGAUCACUUAACAGUUGAUUGAGUCAAAUAUCAAUAGAAAACAGCACCUGUUUUCUGUUCUUAAGGAGUUACAUAUUUGUAUAAAUUGUAUCCCUAAGUCUUUCUCUCUGGAUAAGAUUCUUCUGCUGCCAUGCAGCACUAUUUCUAUUAAAAAGUGGUAAGAGCACCUUAUAUUAACUAUUUGACAUAAAAUAGAGAAAGGUGGGCAGUGAAAGAAGUUACCUAAAAGUAAGAAAGAUGUAUUUUUUGUCCAUGUGCAAUUUUACUUGAUGUACACAUUUUUGCUAAAAGAUUUUAAAAAAGAAAAACCUGGUUUUUUUUAAAGCAUCAUGAUAACACAGUGAAAUAGUGCUGGAUAACUCCUUGACUUUUUAUUCUCUCAACUGCAAGAUUUAAACAUUUUCAUGUCUGCUACAAUUCUCUAGUAACAGCUUCUUCCACUGUAGGCCUGAUGCUCAGUAGUUGCUCUUCAUUCUGUAUCACGUCUUGGUUUAAUCUCACAGGGACAUACCAGUUAAAUUGUAUCACUUCAGGACAUGAAGCAUUGUUCCCUAUGGAAUGCUAAUCUGGAUUACUAAUUUUGGAAUAAUCACACUUCUCUCCUACUGGGGAAAUGUACUUUUGAGCGAACAGGUAUUUUUCUGCAGAAAUGCUGUUCCUUGUAUCUGUCCUUCAUUAGCAGCAGUGGGGUUGGUUACAGGGAAGGUUAACCCAAGGACACAAUGUAACAUGUUUCUGAAUAAAUAUUUGUUAUAC